GCCUCCUGAGCUCCCGGUACCGGUGGAGCGCCCGCCGCAGCCCUGCCGACGGCGCCGGGGAAGAUGCUGCCGCGGCUGGUCCUGCCCGGCUGACGCCCCUUCGCCGCCGCCGCACCCCCGUCCCCAUUGUCCCCCGGCCGCCUCCGGCUCCAUGAGCGCCUCCUCCUCCCCCCUCCUCUGAGCUUCCCGCCCUCCACCUCAUGGCUGCAUCGGAAGAAGGGACCGGCUGCUUUCUCCCGCGAGGCAGGUCGCAGAGUGACCCCAGCAUCCUCACCGACCCCGGGGAGCGCACAGAUGAGAUGGAGCAAUCCCCGGCAGUGCGCUCGGACUACUUGGUCUCAGGGAUUCGAACUCCACCAGUGAGGAGGAACAGCAAACUGGCAACACUGGGCAGGAUCUUCAAACCAUGGAAGUGGAGGAAAAAGAAAAACGAGAAGCUAAAGCAGACGUCUGCAGUGCUGGAGAAGAAGAUGACAGCACGGCAAGGCCGGGAUGAGCUCAUUAAGAAAGGCCUUCUGGAGAUGAUGGAACAAGAUACCGAAGGCAAAGCCUGCACUGGUGAGGAUGCCACGAGAGUGACACAGGGUGACCCUCCAGCCCCUGUGUGCCAGGCACUGGCUCCAGAAGAGGACCAGCAAGAGAGUCCAACAGCAGCCACAACUGAUGUGACCUCCUUUGGUGAGGAGCUGCAUUUGGAGGAGCUGAAAGAAGAUGCAGCCAAGAAACCUUCAGCACCCACGGAAGAAUCAGAAGAUGCCAGCCUGCCAGCAUCUGAAGACAGUCCACAAGCCUUACUUGUACCUGAAUCCACAGAUUCCCCCCAGAAACAGAUGGAAAGAAACCCAGCACAGCUUCCCAGCCCUCCAUUGCUCCCAGCUCCACCACCUAAGGCAAUCUCCAAAAUCACAAAGAGCAUCACAGGAAGUGAAGGUGAUGACCCAGCCAUGAAAUCUCCUCCUUCCACCAUCCUGAAGAAUUAUGUCAUUGUUGGUUCCUCCCAAAUCUCAGGACAAGCUGCCCUCUUCCACCCCUCUGGCCAGAAAAGCUCAGACCCCCUUGGCAGGGGCCAGGUGACGACACCAACGGGUUCCCCCCACCUGGCUGCCGUUCACCUGCCUCUGCCUCCCAGCAGAGUGAUCGAGGAGCUGCACAGGGCUCUGGCCACCAAACACCGCCAGGACAGCUUCCAUGGAAGAGAAAGCAAAGGCUCUCCAAAAAAAAGAGUGGAUGUGCGUCCAUCCAGAACAUCCAGCAUGGAGCGCAACAAGGAGAAGGAGAACUCCCUGAGUUACAGCAGCGACUCAGAAAACAAGAGGAACUCAGUUAAAGAGUCAGAUGAGAACAAAGAAAACAUGAUCAUGAACUCAGAGCUCAAGGAAGACUCUGUUUUUUAUCAGGAUGAGGAAGUUUUGAAUGACUCCAUUAUUUCUGGUACUUUGCCAAGAAAAUGCAAGAAAGAACUGCUGGCAGUAAAACUACGGAACAGACCAAGUAAGCAGGAGCUGGAAGACAGGAAUAUUUUCCCGAGGAGGACAGAUGAGGAAAGACAGGAAAUCCGGCAGCAAAUUGAAAUGAAACUCUCAAAGCGACUCAGCCAAAGACCCGCUGUUGAGGAGCUGGAAAGAAGGAAUAUCCUUAAACAACGAAAUGAUCAGACGGAGCAGGAAGAAAGAAGGGAAAUCAAACAGAGACUGACAAGAAAGCUUAACCAGAGACCUACAGUCGAUGAACUGAGAGACAGAAAAAUCCUGAUUCGAUUCAGUGAUUAUGUGGAAGUGGCAAAGGCACAGGACUACGACAGGAGAGCAGACAAACCAUGGACACGACUCUCAGCAGCAGACAAGGCAGCAAUUCGGAAAGAGCUGAAUGAGUACAAAAGCAAUGAAAUGGAGGUACAUGCAUCCAGCAAACAUUUGACAAGAUUUCACAGGCCAUAGAAAUUUUCUUCUGAGAAGAAUCUGUCUUUACUUUUUGAUAUUGCUGCUGAACACGCAUCAGGGAAUAUCUGAGUCUUUCCCUCAAGUUCAGAGCAGGAUCCCUUGGUGUUUGUGUGAAGGAAGGACUCUGAGCUGAGGUCUCUGCAGCACUUAUGGACAGAGAGCCCAGGGCUGCCCCUCGCUCUGGAGGCAGGAGAGCCAUGGCCUGGGAUUGGGAUGAGCUGCUGACAAAGACUGAAGCAAAGCUACUUGGAAGAGCCUCCUACUCUCACACUUGUUUGGAACUGUUUUGCAGCCUGUCUUGGAAGAGGAGAUGUUGUGCAUGUACAGGCUUUACCAUUCCAAGGCCUCUGACAUAAACGGACAUGACACACUGUCAUCCAGUAUUAUGUUGACGAGACAUUUUGAACUUGCCACAAUUAGUUUGUAAAACACUUCAGUUCAUGUUCUAAAAACUAAUUUAAUGUAUUAUAAUUUCAUUCUUUUUUAUAUAAUGUCUAACAGAAUCACAGCUGCAAGCAUUUUUGAUUCCUGUUACUUUUGUUCUUUAAUUAAAUGACUACUUAUUGCAGGAAAUGAACAUGUUUCCUAAAGCUCUUUUUUCCCAGGGACAGUUGGGAAGGGAAGAGAUUAUAAUUAUUCUGCACCAGACCAUUGCACCUCUUCAUCAACAUGAAGUCUGCAAAAAGAAGAUCCCAACUAAGGUUUUUCCAUCUCAUGGAAUAGCAGAACCUGAUUGUCAUCCUCCACUACUUGAGGCUCUGACCCUCUAAAGAAUGACAAUUAAGUUCACUGUUAUUCUCAUUCAAAAUGACUAAAUUGGACAAGCACAGGUAGAAAUGUAACAAUGUACUUUGAUAUUUAGCAAACAAAUGAUUUUAAUGCUUUCUUGACAGUAAGAAGAAAAAAGUUACUAAGUGCUAAUAACAAAGCAGAUAGAACUGGCUGAGAAAAACGUAAAGCCAGGCAUUCUAAUAAUGCCUGACACGGAGGAGCAUCUGAGAAUUUACUCAAAUUACUACUAAAAAAUAAAACACAGACAGCUGGAAAACACACCUGAGACAAGAACAAAAUGGUGAAUACACUCCCAAACAUUUCUCUGCAAGACUCUUCAGUGCUAUAACUUUAGGGAGUCUUUCAAUGUUAAACACUUGAGAAAGGCAUUCUUGGUCUUGUAGCUUCACUGAGCUGAUCUCCAUGGAGUGUGACAACAAUAAAAUCCAGUGUUUCAAAUGGA